AUGAGUGGAGCAGAGAAGGUGGUGUGCGUGACUGGAGCUUCAGGCUACAUAGCUUCAUGGGUGGUGAAGAUCCUUCUUCAACGUGGGUAUACUGUCAAAGCUACAGUUCGUGAUCCAAAUGAUCCAAAGAAAACAGAGUGUUUACUUGCACUUGAUGGAGCUAAAGAAAGACUUCAGUUAUUCAAAGCAAGUUUAUUGGAAGAAGGAUGUUUUGAUCCUGUAGUUGAUGGAUGCCAAGGCGUUUUUCAUAUAGCAUCCCCUGUUUUUUCCAUGGCCAAUGAUGACCCACAGUCAGAAAUAAUUGAUCCAGCAGUGAAGGGAACUCUUAACGUUCUUAGAUCAUGUUCAAAAGUUCCUUCUAUCAAGAGAGUGAUUAUAACAUCUUCUAUGACUUCAGUUAUGUUCAACGGACAACCUUUGACCCCUGAUGUAGUUGUGGAUGAGACUUGGUUUUCAGAUCCAGUUAUAUGUAAAGAGGAGAAGCGCUGGUAUCAUCUCUCAAAGACCUUAGCUGAGGAGGCUGCUUGGAAGUUUGCUGAAGAGUGUGGCAUUGACUUGGUAGUAAUAAACCCAGGCUUUGUUCUUGGUCCAGUCAUACAGCCAACUCCUACUUUUAGUACUGACGUAUUUCUGAAGCUUUUGAAUGGAAACCCAGCAUUUCCUGGUGGAAUUUAUAGAUGUGUUGAUGUUAGAGACGUUGCACAUGCACAUAUUCAGGCAUUUGAGAUUCCUGCUGCUAGUGGCAGAUAUUGUUUAGUUGAAAGAGUUGCACACUAUUCAGAGGUUCUGAAGAUAUUGCACAAACUUUACCCAAGUUUGCAUCUACCUGAGAAAUUUGAAGAUGACAAGCCUUUGCUGCCGGUCCACAAGGUUUCCCAAGACAAAGCCAAAAGUUUGGGUAUUAGCUUCACUCCUUUGGAAAGGAUGAGUGGAGCAGAGAAGGUAGUGUGCGUGACUGGAGCUUCAGGCUACAUAGCUUCAUGGGUGGUGAAGGUCCUUCUUCAACGUGGGUAUACUGUCAAAGCUACACUUCGUGACCCAAAUGAUGUAAAGAAAACAGAGUGUUUACUUGCACUUGAUGGAGCUAAAGAAAGACUUAAGCUAUUCAAAGCAAAUUUACUGGAAGAAGGAUGUUUUGAUUCUGUAGUUGAUGGAUGCCAAGGCGUUUUUCAUAUAGCAUCCCCAGUUUCUUUGGUGGCUAAUGACCCACAGUCAGAAAUAAUUGAUCCAGCAGUGAAGGGAACUCUUAAUGUUCUUAGAUCAUGUGCAAAAGUUCAUUCUGUCAAGAGAGUGAUUAUAACAUCUUCUAUGGCUUCAGUCAUGUUCAACAGAAAACCUCUGAACCCUGAUGUGGUUGUCGAUGAGACUUGGUUUUCAGAUCCAGUUAUGUGUAAAGAGGAAAAGCUGUGGUAUCAUCUCUCAAAAACCUUAGCUGAGGAGGCUGCUUGGAAGUUUGCUAAAGAGUGUGGCAUUGACUUGGUAGUAAUAAACCCAGACUUUGUUCUUGGACCAGUCAUACAGCCAACUCCUACUUUUAGUACUGACGUAUUUCUGAAGCUUUUGAAUGGAACUCAUAUAUUUCCUGAUGGAAUUUAUAGAUUUGUUGAUGUUAGAGAUGUUGCACAUGCACAUAUUCAGGCAUUUGAGACUCCUGCUGCUAGUGGCAGAUAUUGUUUAGCUGGAAAUACUACACACUAUUCUGAGGUUUUCAAGAUAUUGCACAAACAUUACCCAAGUGCGCAUCUACCUGAAAAAUUUGAAGAUGACAAGCCUUCGCUGCCAACAUACAAGUUUUCCCAAGACAAAGCCAAAAGUUUGGGUAUUAGCUUCAUUCCUUCGGAAGUGUGUCUUAGGGACACCAUUGAAAGCUUGAAGGAAAAGGGCUUCCUCACUGUCUGA